AUGAUCCAUGGAAAAAGCGAAUAUGUUGCUUUAAUAAGAAAAGCUUUCGAUUUCCUUGGAACCAUAUUUCAUGAUCAAUCUGUUGAAUAUGACGAACAGCAACAACCAACUCAUUAUUCAACAUGUAUUGAAUCAACAACAGACGCCAAGAUAAUUGCCAUACUGCAGCAUUCAUCGAAGUUUUUGGCUUCGGAUGAAGAUGGUCCACUAACAUCAAUGGCGUUCUUUGAACCUGGUACACUGACAGCAGCAGCAAAACAAUCAACAUUCUUAACGGCAUAG